CACACACGCGCUCUCCCUCUCUCUCUCUCUCUCUCUGUCUCUCCCGCGCGCGCGGCUCUUCUUUAUUAGCGCUUCAUCUGCGCUUCUCCUCCAUCAUCAGCCUGCAGGAAUCAGAGAGAGAGAGAGAGAGAGAGAGAGAGCGGGAGGAAAAAGAAGAAGAGACAAGGAGGACAGGAUUCUGUCCUGUUUUUUUUUUUUCGUUUUAAAAGGAAAAAGAGGAAAGGUGAAAACAGCGCGGAAUGGAAUAAAAACGUGUUCGCGUGCACACCGAACACCCCGGGGGAAGCUGACGGAGCUCAGUGAGGACAAUGUGGAUGGUGCAGUAACGUCAGCAUGAAGCUCUUCAGCACUCUGCGUCAGGCCUCUCUCGUGCACCGCUAGGCCACACACACACACACACAAACACACACACACACACAUACACACACCCAUAUACACACACCCACAUACACACACAAAACACUAUAUCCCCAGCUUCUUUCCUUUUCCCACCACUACCCUUUAUUCUGAUCCCCCUUUGAGACAGGAAGCAGAAUUGUUCCUCCUCCCUCCCCUCGUCACCCUGAGCCAUGUGUCUCCCAUUCAACAGUGGACGCCGGCGUCCGCUUUCCCGUCCUCGGCGUAAAUGGGACACGUGCUUGGUAUGGUUGUUAGGACUGGCGCUCCGGUUAGCGCUCUCCUCGUGCCAGCGCUCGGAUUACAGUGCCUCCAAACACCCCAUUGUCUCGACCAGUUAUGGGAAAAUCCGUGGCAUCCGCAAAGAGCUGAAUAAUGAGAUCCUGGGCCCUGUGGAACAGUACCUCGGCGUUCCCUACGCCACGGCGCCCAUCGGAGAUCGCCGAUUUCAGCCUCCCGAAGCUCCUGGAGCUUGGCAUGACAUCCGGAACGCCACGCGACUCCCGCCUGUGUGCCCUCAGAACGUCCACGGAGCACUGCCCGAAAUCAUGAUGCCUGUGUGGUUUACCGAGAACCUGGAUGCUGCCGCGACAUACCUGCAGGAUCAGAGCGAGGACUGUCUCUACCUCAACAUCUACGUCCCCACUGAGGAUGGUCCUCUCACUAAAAAACCUGACGAGUCUGCGACGAACAGACCGAGGGACGAAGAUAUCCGAGAUCGACGGAAGAAGCCGGUUAUGUUGUUCAUCCACGGUGGCUCGUAUAUGGAGGGAGCAGGCAGCAUGUUCGACGCGAGUGUCCUUGCUGCCUACGGCAACGUCAUCGUUGUCACCAUGAACUACAGGCUGGGGGUUCUGGGUUUCCUGAGCACAGGCGAUCAGGCGGCAAAAGGGAACUAUGGCCUGCUGGAUCAAAUCCAGGCUCUGCGCUGGCUGAACGAGAACAUCGGCCAUUUUGGAGGUGACCACGAGAGGAUCACCAUCUUUGGCUCAGGUGCCGGAGCGUCCUGCGUCAACUUACUCAUUUUGUCACAUCACUCUGAAGGUCUGUUCCAGAGAGCGAUAGCCCAGAGCGGCUCUGCCAUCUCCAGUUGGUCUGUGAACUACCGCCCGCUCAUGUACUCCAAGAUCCUGGCCAAGAAGGUGGGCUGCAGCUUCGGGGACACAGCCGCCAUGGUCAGCUGUCUGAGAAGGAAAAGCUUCCGAGAGCUGGUGGAUCAGGAUAUUCAGCCUGCACGCUAUCACAUUGCUUUUGGACCUGUGGUAGAUGGAGAUGUGGUUCCUGACUACCCUGAGAUCCUCAUGCAGCAGGGAGAGUUCCUAAACUACGACAUCUUGUUGGGGGUGAAUCAAGGAGAAGGUCUAAAGUUUGUGGAUGAUAGUGAAGGAGAAGAUGGAAUUUCAGCUGCCACUUUUGACUACACGAUAUCUAACUUUGUGGACAACCUUUACGGAUACCCAAGUGAUAUCCUUCGUGAGACCAUCAAGUUCAUGUACACCGACUGGGCUGAUCGUGAUAACGCCGAUAUGAGGAGGAAGACUCUGCUUGCACUCUUUACAGACCACCAGUGGGUGGGGCCAGCAGUGGCCACAGCCAAGUUGCAUGCCGAGUUCCAGUCGCCAGUUUACUUCUACACUUUUCACCAUCACUGCCAGAUGGAGGGGCGUCCCGAGUGGGCAGACGCCGCACAUGGAGAUGAGAUUCCAUACGUCUUUGGAGUGCCCAUGGUGGGCGCAACCGACCUCUUUCCCUGCAACUUCUCCAAAAAUGACGUGAUGCUUAGCGCUGUUGUCAUGACCUACUGGACCAACUUUGCUAAAACCGGAGACCCAAAUAUUCCUGUUCCCCAGGACACCAAGUUCAUCCACACUAAGCCAAAUCGCUUCGAGGAGGUCGUGUGGACUAAAUUCAGCUCUAAGGACAAGCAGUACCUUCACAUUGGCCUAAAACCACGCGUACGAGACAACUACCGCGCCAACAAGGUGGCCUUCUGGCUAGAGCUGGUGCCACAUUUGCACACGCUACACAAGGAGUGGAUCCGCCCUUCCAGUGCAACGCACUUACCGCCACCUGGAGGUGUCCCCCACAGACCUGGAUGGAAAAAUCCGGCCCUGAAUCCGAAUCAUCCCGGCACACGCCAACCCUCCGUUUCCUCCACAUACCCACCGGAUACAGAUUUGGAGCCAGAAGGUUCAGAGCGCCCACGUUUGUCUCCAUUCCCAGAGCAAGCACGUGAUUACUCGACAGAGCUAAGUGUAACAGUGGCAGUUGGUGCAUCUCUACUCUUUCUGAAUGUCCUCGCAUUUGCCGCGCUCUACUACAAACGUGACAAGCGGCAUGAAAUGAUGCUACUGCAACAGAGGCGACGCCAUCGACGUCUCUCACCUCAGCGUGGCGCUGCUGGUGCCUCAAUUCCUUCGACAGCCAUUGCUGUGGGCAACGACCUGGAAGAGGAGCUCAUGUCCCUGAGGAUGAAGCAGCAGAGAGCUGAGUUGGACCUAGAGCCACUUAGAUGCCCGCCAGAUUACACACUGGCACUAAGGAGGGCACCUGAUGAUGUGCCACUCAUGAUGCCCAUUAGCGCCAUGCACGCCUUUAAUACAUACCCCCCUGCUCCUGGCCACACCCCGAAUCCAGGCCCCGCCCCUGGUUCCAGCUCUAGCUCUGUGCAUACCAACAAUGCUUUGCCCCAUCAGCACUCAACCACUCGUGUAUAGUACCUCGCCAAGCUCUCAAAACACUUAAAGACUACCUGCGCCAAGACUGGUGCUCUGCAGAGGUAAAACUUUUGUCCAGUUCAAGAAUGUCCAGGUCCGAUCCUGGAGUUCUGGAGUCCGGCACAGCUUGGCAAUAUUCAUGCUCAAAGGUAAAACCAAACUUUACUGGACUCCAGAACUGGGAGCCUGUAGCCUGCUGGUCGAAAGUCAAAGACACUGGACUCAUGUCCUUACCCAGAGAUUCUGACCAGUCCAGAUGCCUCGACUUCCUCCUACUGGAAGAUUUAAUGACUUGGAGGACUAAAAACCUUUAUAGACAUGUACAACACGUUCUUUGUCCCAUUUAACUCCUCUGAUCCUCACUGUCUCAGUUUUUUUGGGAAAAGAAAAGAAAGAGUUUUCAGAUAAGGAACCGAAGUGGAACAAUUUAGCGGGAACCGCAUUUGCCCUCAACUUUUUCUCUCUUUAGUCUCCUGCUAAGUAUUUUUUUUAACCGCACUUGCCAUGUUGCGUUUUUUUCUUCCCAUCACUUUUUUUUUUGUUUUGUCAUCCCCUUUACCUACUGCAGAACUUUUUUUUGCCUAAACGGAACACUUUUAUAAAUCAAGAGAACCUCUGUGUAAUACGUACUAUCAGGAACCUUGUGAGGACAUUAAUGAGAAAAGUGAAAAAUAUUUGAAUAUUUAGUUUUUACCAGCAUUUCUGUGCCAAGUACUGUGAUAUCCAUCUGAUCAGACUCCGAGGCGAGAGGACAGACUCGGAUUGGGAACGCAGCCGAGGAUCGCAUUCUGUGGAAUUUAGAAGAAGUCACUGAAAAAGUGCCAAAAUCUUGCUUGCUUUUAUUUACUUCUCUCUUUUUCUCUCCCGCUCUCUCUCUCUCUCUCUCUCUCUCUCUCUCUCUCUCUCUCUCUCUCUCUCUCUCUCUCUCUGUCUAUCUUUCUCUUUGCCUCUCUUUCUUUUGCACUGUUGCUGGUCUGGGAUGAGAUUUUAAAUCUAUAAGCAGAAUAUCUAUAUUAAAGUAUAAAUAUAGAAUUAUGAAAAUUUAUAUCUUGUUUGCUCUCGGGGAAAAUUUGCAUGAUUUAUUUUUUAAAAGAAACGGACAUGCGCACGAAAUUCCUCGUCCUGUUUUGUUAUCGCCGUCCUUUUGUUUCCUGCUUUUCGAAUGUUUUUUUUUUGUUGUUGUUUUUUUGUUUGGUUUUUAAACGGCUCCGCUAUAUUGUGCGCUUCGUUCUGAGAUUAUUUUCCUUCUCUAGAGACUUAUCAGGAGCAUAUCAGGAAAAAUGGAAACUGAAUAUGAUCAUAACAAGAGAAAAAAGGAUGUAUAGAUCCCUUUUUGUUCAUUUUUCAAAAAGCUGGAAAUCUCGGGAAACGCAGAGCAUCGAGGAAGAACUUAUUGAACCUACAGCAUCCCUCCAUCUCUCUCUCUCUUUUACCCCGUCUUUGUUUAUACUGUAUAUUACGCUACAUUUACAUCAAACUCGCACAAUAUGUAAUGAGAUCUCGUUCUUUUAAAUUGUAUUCUUUUUAUUCCUUUUUUUCACUCCAGUUGUCACACUCAGUCAGGGUGCUACAGAGCCCGCCGAGGGAUCCAUCGAACAAGGAUCCGAAGUGAACGGAUGGACGCAACACUCCGUGAACGAAUGAAAUGCUAACCGUAAUGACACGCCCUCGUUUCUUCGCUCUCCUCAUCACCGCCUUUCUGUUCUUGUCUCGUUUCCGGAAAACACUCAGCGGAUUGAUGGAUAUAAAAAAAACUUGAGGAAAACAAAACAAAAAAAAAAACUAAGGAAAAAAAUUCAACCUACGAACUGUACAUUUUUUUGAAGUUGUACGAGAUGACACGGUCUUUGUAAAUAUUCUGUUUCGUUGUUUGGUUUUACAGGUGAACGGCUCUUUUGUGAGAACAGGUGCAAGUUGAGGUUCUAUUGUUUUGUUUUGUUUUUUUAUUUACAGACCAUUUUUCUUUCUUCCUUACCUAAUUUCUUUAAUUAGCACGUAAUGUAACGACGCUUCUCCUGAGCCUUGGGGGGGUGGGGUAGGGUGGGGGGUUAGCCCACAUCGACGCCACGCUUAGUACUGUAUCGUGAACGCUUUAACACAUCAUCAGGAGGAGGAGUGAGCGCUUAAACUCCCUCUCAUUUAGAAGCCUGAAAAGCACAGCUGUCUUUUAACGCCAUGGCGUACAGUCACGUCACUUCAGCAAAGCCGUAACAGACACAUGACCCCCAUAAAAAAGUCGUAACACAAAGUUCAUUACCAAAAAAAUCAUUACCUAGGGUCACAUGACCUCAGCAAACACAAUUAUGACAAUGUCAUAGCUACAUCGUCACCACGUGUACUGCUAUUCUCUCACUUUCUUACACACACUUCUUUCUUUCUUUUUUUCUUUCUUUCUUUCUUUCUUCUUUGCUGCUCUUUUCCUUCUUCAUUACAACACAUUCUUCCUUUCUUAAUUUUUCCAACCUGUCUGUGUUUGGGUGAUGAUCUAUUGAAGCGUUCACGAUUAAAAUCGUCGUAUAACCGAUUUAAGUUGAUCAUUGUUGGUUCAUUUGAUCACAUAGUACGGUGGCCGUGCAAACCUCAGUCCUCGAACACGUUACGGAUUUCAUUUCCCGAAGACUAAAAACCUCUCUUCGUGUCAUAUUUCCAAAAUAGAGAAAUUUCAACUGUCCAUAUUUUUGUACAGAGGGCCUGAGAGGCAGCGGACAGACUCGCGAAGCACACAGUCACCAAACCUCACACGGUGGUGAUCCUCUCGUCUGCCGUCGCCACGUGGAGGGUGGGGUGAGAUAUAUAACAGAUAUUUACUAAGUGCACCUGCUCUAAUAUUAACGCCAGGGUUGCCAGAUAUACACUUGCACCUGUUGCUUUCCAUUUUGUCGGGAUGAUAGUAACGGGUUUGGGAGGGAAAAAACAAACAAACGGCGUUCAUAUUUCUAUUUCAUAUAAAGGCUAUUACACACUGUAUGUUGUGUAUCUGAACUGGAGAUCAUUAAAACAUGUUAUAAAACACA